AUGCCAAGGGAAGUUCUGGUGGAGGUCGUGGAUCAAGUGGAGCCAGGAGUAGCAGCUCGUUCAGCUCGAGCUCACGAAGCUCCGGCUCAUCGUUCGGGUCUUCAGGAGGGUCGUAUUCCAGGCCAAGUGUCGGGUCAAGCAGUUAUAGCUCUGGGUCCGGAUCCGGGUCCCGUAGCUCCGGUUCUUCAUUCUCAUCAUCAUCCGGAGGCUCUUUUUCUAAACCAAGUACCGGAACUAACCUUUAUAGCUCCGGGACCCAUAAUUCCAUUUCUGGAUCAAGCUUUUCUUCAUCAUAUUCUAGACCAAACAUUGGGACUAGCAGUUAUAGGUAUGCAUCCAUCCGGCAACGCCCAAUACAACACCAAUUUCCGUCAAAAUGUGUUCCAUACCACCACAACCACGACUAUGUUCUCCUACUCCCCACUGACACACACUCACGUCAUCAUUUCUCCGGUCACACCGCUCUACUUUGGCAGCUAUCAUUAUUACUGGGGAGGUCACUAUGUGCAUACACCCGAGAGACCUCAACAGUGCGAGUACACGAUUACAGAUGAUGAUCAGGAGUUGAGAAAUGUGACAUUCUCAAAUGGCACCAAACCAACAACUCUCACAUUUGGAUGCAAAAGUUCAGAAUCUUGUUGUGGACUGGAGUGCUGUACCAGCUCCUCGACAUGGAUAACAAUUAUAGUCAUAAUUGUGGGAAUUGUCUUGCUCAUUGUCGCGUGCUCCUGGUGCAACAAAAAGGGCUACUGCCAGAAUGAGACCGUAGUUACCACUGGAAUCCCGGUCAUCGCUACCACCACCACAACCACCCAUAGCUAUACCACUCAAGGACCCCCUCCACCACCAGGAUUCCAGCAAUUCGGACCACCACCAAGUGCUCCAAUCUACAGUAAUCCUCCAGCCUACAACAACUACGAGCAGAAUUCUCCGUACGGCGGACGGCCGAUUAGCUGCGGACAAAUCCAUACGACUUAUAAACAGUGA